GCCGCAUUAGGCUUUGCAUGUCUCUUCUUCACCGAUUUUUGAUCGAAACUCCAGCAAACCUGUAAUUGAAUUCGCCGUUUUAGAAGGCAGCUUUCCGAGUAGUAAUCAUCUCUUCUCCGGUGGUGGCGUUGCUGCUUCUUCUCACUCAAUCGAGGGAUACUUCUUCUCCGGUGGUGACUGCGUUGUGGGUUUCGGAUACACAAACGGCUGUGAGGAGUUUGCCUCUUUUCCAGUUUCACCUGCGGAGGUGGACAGCGGUGGGCGUUCAUGUCCGACGGUUUAGGGUUCUUCCCAUUCAUCGUUAAUAACUGUUGGGUUCUUUUUUUAAUUGGAUUCGAUAUAGGUCUGACGGUUUCUCUCCUCUGGUGGUGGCAGUUUCUCUUCUCAACAUUCGUUAUAGAAUUUGUUAUCAGUUGCAGAUCUUUUUUCUAAUCGCCGGCGUCACUGGUCAUAACUCCGAUCUUUUUUCUCAUUUGCAUUGGUGGAUUUAGAGUUCAUUACUCUAGUCUCUAGAAUGGCGUCUUCUAGUCAUACCCGCAGUUAUCCGCUUCGCUUGUAUCAAGAAGGAAUAUCACCGUUGCAAAAAAGGAGUAUGGCCCACAGCUGCUAUGUUUCUCAAAUUGGGAAGAUCAAAGAUGGAUUAGGUGCAGAUGUGUGGGAUGAGUUGAAGAAAACUUCACUUGGUCUUUUUAUAAAGUUUACUGAAAGUGGAUUUGUAUGGGUUGCCCAGACAGUUCAUUUCUUCCUCACGAAUCAGUUGCGAGUCGACAACAUGCAUGAGAUGUGGUGUUUGUUGAUCGCAGGCCAAUAAGAUUUUCGCUCUACGAGUUUGAGAACAUAACGGGCCUCAAUUGCGAUAUGUUUGACGAGUCUGACACUGGUGAAACUGAUUACAUAGUUUUCUGGAAUUAAAUGGGGGUAGCAACGUCUGUUGGUCCAUUGUUUACAGAGUUGGAACGUGUAUUUGAGAUUAGCAAGACAUGGAGUUUGGAGAAGAGGAUGAUGGUUGGUAGAUUAUGUUUACUAUCUGUUGGAGUACAUGGGAUUCAUCACGGUUCUAGAGUCCCGUUGUCGAGUGCUAAAAGAGUGCUUGAUCCUGUUGCUUUUGAGAAGUAUCCUUGGGGUCGAGUGGCUUUUGACUCUCUAUUAAGGUCUGUGAAGAUUGUCAAGUGUGACGGAGAUUCUUAUGUAAUUCACGGUUGUGUUCAGGCCUUGCUUGUGUGGAUAUAUGAGAGUGUGCCUGGAAUUGGAGAAGCUUGUGGGUUUGGAAAAACAACACUGACGUGUGUUCCGCUACUUGAUUGGAGAUCUUCUAGAAAACGUUUCAACUUUACCGCUUUCAUUGAAAAGGAGAAGGCUGCCCACAGACAGGUGCGUGUGAGGCAUAUGAUCCCUGUAUCCGAAGAAAACAUGUACCCUAAAUGGAGUGACUCAGCAGAGAAUCAGGAUAUGGCGCUUGACAACUUGCUUAAAGACAUCAUCCACAACCGUUUACAGCCUCAUGCGUUGACACAUGUGGCAGCACGACGUAAGAGGAAACAGAAUCAGGGAUCAUCAAAUGAGGAUGGUGAGAGUAAACUGAUGGAGUCAACGCCUGCAGAUGAUGUUAUAGCAGAAGUAUCUCAUAAGAAGCAAAGAACAGGGAAAGCUCAUGUUUUUACCAUUUCCGAUUUUUUCAUAUACAUAGGUCUAUAUGUUGACAGUGAAUUAACUAACAUUGUUAUAUGCUUCAUUAUAGGUCAAUGAAGAGGAGAAGACAAGCUUGCUGGAUAUUUGGAAUAUGUUAGAGAAAAUGAAUGUCACAGUUAGUGACAUUGACAAGAAUGCAAGCAGCAGAUUGGAUGGGUUGCAGAAGAAAGUUACUUGCUUAGAAGCGAGUGUAAAAACAAGGUUUGAAGCUGUGGAGACUGAUAUGAGAGUUCUUAAAGAGUGUCAGCCCCCUGUAGUAUCCAAUGAAGCUGCCACAUCAAACAACAAUGAUGAAUAUGAGGCAAAUAGUAACCAACCUUCUUGGGUAGUAGAGGAGAAGCCAGGUUCUGUUGAUGGGUUGCCUAUUCAAAGAGUGGUUAAGAAGGCUGUUAAUUCAGUGAAGAACAAGGAAGCUGGUACAAAGGUCCUUACUAAGAAGAAAGUUGCAAAAUCUGAUAAGAAGAAGAUAAUUGUCAAUGUAGAGAAGGUAGGAAAACCAAAACCUGAAAUGAAGAAGACAGUUGUGAAGGUAGAGAAGGUAGAUAGUUCAAAACCUGAGAAGAAGAAGUCUGGUGCAGCUCCAACAACAAAGACGUUUGAUGAUGAUGUUGUGGAUGUCACUGACAAGGUUAAUGCAGACAAUCUGAAAAUGGCAUCAAGUUUUGAAGAAACAUUCUCCAAUCCUCUAGAUCAGAUGGCUAAUAAGGCAACGGCUGAUGCAUUGAGAGCACUUCAAGAAGGACUAGAUAAUCUGGACUGUGUUCCUUGACUCAUAAUUGAAUAUUUAAUGCAUUAAAUUCAAAUAUGGUAAUAUUUCGGAAACAUCUGCCGGCUAAUAAA